GGAGCCAGGACAGCAGUGGAGAGCGUCCCCGGCGUUCGCCACUUGGGGACGGUUCAGUCCUUGACUCUGGUAGCUUGCCUUUCGGUCGGGCGUCUUCGUCGGUGAUUUCCGCUUCGGCCCUGCAGGUGUGGCCGCGAGUCGGUAGCGGUUGAGAAUUUGCGGGUAGAGAACGGGAGCCGUUCAAGCACGUUUCCGCUGCAGUGAAAGUUGUCUCUGUGAUUGAGAACCCACUAAGAGCCCCGUCAGUACUUUUUUUUCAUGAAAGUUGCACUGCUGUGAUCCGUCAUCAUCUCCUAAAGAUGCAUCCUGACUUAUCUCCACACUUGCACACUGAAGAGUGCAACAUCUUGAUUAACUUGCUUAAGGAAUGUCACAAAAAUCACAACAUUCUGAAAUUUUUUGGUCAUUGUAACGAUUUUGAUCGGGAGGUGAGAAAAUGCCUGAAGGAGGAGUACAUAGAAAAGAGGAACAAGAGCAGGGAGCAUGGCAUUGCAAUGCGAAAGAGACUUAUUAAUCUUCCAGAGGAAUCCGAAAAAUAAAUUGCAUUUUCACUGGAUGAGAGAAGACCUAAAGACUCUGGGUUGAUACGUGAAAUGGUCCUGUCUUAUUUGGUCUCCAGAAUCCUUUGAAUGGAAAGUGACCUGUGAGAAAUUGAACCAUGGAGAAAUAUGAAAACCCUGGAUUAUGAAUAUUUGUUGGGCAGAGUGUUUACUACCAUCUCCCCUUUACCAACAAACCUGACUUCACCAUGUUUCUUUCCUUUGCCUACAGCCAGUUAAUAUCUGAGUAACUAAUCUCCGUCAAUAAAAUCAUUUAUUCAAAUA